AUGCCUAAGAAUAAGGGAAAGGGUGGUAAGAACAGGCGUCGUGGAAAGAACGAGAACGACAACGAGAAGCGUGAACUCACCUUCAAGGAAGAGGGUCAAGAAUAUGCCCAAGUCCUCAAGAUGCUCGGCAACGGCCGCCUCGAAGCCCUCUGCUUCGAUGGGUCCAAACGCCUCGCACACAUCCGAGGCAAGCUCCGCAAGAAGGUCUGGAUCAACCAGGGCGACAUCAUCCUGCUCUCGCUCCGCGACUACCAGGACGAGAAGGGCGACGUGAUCCUCAAGUACAGCGCGGACGAGGCGCGUUCGCUCAAGGCGUACGGCGAGCUGCCCGAGAGCGCGAAGAUCAACGAGACGGAUACUUAUGGCCAGGAGGGAGACGGAGAUUGCAACUUUGAGUUCGAUGAGGAUAGGAGUGAGAGUGAGGAUGAGGAUGGAAAGGGCAAGGAGGUUGAUGUUGAUGAGAUCUAG